AUGGAUCUCCAUCACAGCCUGCCUCGGAAGAGAUCCAAGUCCUUCCGUGCUACUUCUCGGGACAUCGCCCUGUUCGCUCAUCCAGUGCAUGCGGAAACUGUCCCCAUGGAUAUCGAUCGCCCAGAACAUGCAACUCAAGAUUCUGCUACUUUAAUGGAUUCUCCUGGUGUUACUGUAGCAAACUCGGGUAUUCUACAUCAUGAGGAGAGCCACAUCUCGCCCGAGGAACGCAGGUUCGAAGCAUACACUCGUUCGAUCGUGCCAGCUCCAAACACCCAAGACACUGCCACAAAUGACUUAUUCGCUUACCACAUGCCUAAGUUCGAGUCCGUUGAAGAAUUAUCACUUUAUUGUGCCACUUACUUCUCCCUCAACAAAUCACAGAUGCCCCAACUUUGCGCGAGAGCUGUUAUGCUCUUGGAAGAAGCCAGAUACUUCAAAGAAAGUGCGCUCAACAGUUGGGAGAUGAUAGAGUAUGCUCAUGGUGGCACCACCUCCGUGGAAUUCCAUGUGUACUUCUACGUGAGGGAGCUGGUUGAACUCACGGACAAGAUGAAACUUGAGAUACAAAUGUAUCUUCCCUGGGGAGACUUAAUCACGCUUGCAGAGGUAAUGGCUCCUUUGCGACCUUUGCGAAAUGCUGGCUUCGAACUGUCGGUCACUGUUAACGAGGAGCAGUGGGCGGAGAUACCUUCGCAGUAUCGAGACUUCCACAAGGCGCUGACCAUCAAGGCCAUCACUGGGGCUGAGCUGGACGCCGCCAAUCUUCGUUUCCAGCAAGACAUGCCACAGUUUAUUGCGGAUGACUUGACUGCUCAUGAUACCCAUGGAUUUCGUCCCAACAAAAGGCGAUGGCAUUCUUCCCUUGCCUAAUACAUCCUAAGGGUAUUAUAAAAUAUCCUAGGUACAUCAUAAGUCUAUCGUCAGGAUAUCGGCUCGCGACCGGGGGAAUGAUUUGGGCGGCAUACGAG